AUGCCAGGAAGAAGAAGAGAGGCCCAAAUGCAGCUAGGGGAGUCUGACGUGCUUGAAGGCCCAGAGAAUGCUACUGCUCCAAAUUAUGCUAUUGCUGCGUCAAUGGUUUUUCCAUCUAAAAGGCUGAUGUGGCAAGUUUGUUUAGGAUUCCCUGACAGCUUUGCUGGGUAUAAUAGGGCAAUGAGUGAGGUGAGAGAGACAUGUUUUCUAUUUUGGUCCAGUGGGAAUAUUGGAGAGCAGGCCCUCUCAAAUGUGCCUUAUUCUAUCACUGUAAACACUUUCCUUCAUUGA